AGAGCCUGGAAUGGACAAAACGAUCCGCAACCUGUUCGAUCAAAUGUCUCUGCAGCUCCACAAGCAAAGUUCUAAGGGCGAUCUGCCGAAACGUAUGACCUUGCUGCAGCUGGCCAUAGUGCUUACUGCUGUGGUAGGUGGCAUCACCUCGAUCGCCUUCCAGAAUGAAUGCAACAAUCCUACUCCACCGCAGAAGAAUGAGAGUCUGCCGGCAUUCAAAGUUCCACAGCCUUACAAGAUAACUGGCGUAAUAACGAACUGGACUAACAAGACUGUUGCUGCCAUAACAGAACUAGCAAAAUCAGACCAAAUAACAACAUUAGUCUCGGACCGCGAUUCAACUUUACACUAUUUGUUCACAAAUCCCGAUAGUCGAUUCCUUCAUAAUCAAACAUCCGGGAAAUGUGCUGCUUCAUCUUCUUCUCCUUUAUCAGCAUAUCCUCAGUUAUCACUUGUUGCGAAAGACCUUUCAUCCUUAUCAACGAUGAUCUCCGGUUUGAUGAAUUUCUCCAAAAGCUCGCCGGGAGAGUUUCGUGAUAACCGCGUUGUCGCGGGUGUUGAAGGUGUUCGUUGGGUAGCCUGCGUGAGUGGAACUAACGCAACAUCUAGUCUUCAAGUGGAGGUGAUUUUUGCUGGCGAUAGCGACCAGUCUUUGAAGCCGCCAUCUCCAGCUUUUAAUAACCCAUUGUUGUUGUUCGUACGUGUUGCCGAAUUCGGAAACUUUUCGGAUAACUCUACGCUGAAAUCUGUCCUAUCCGUAGAGUUGGAUAGCUAUAAUGUCAUAGCACCUGAGGACGAGCGACUCUUUGAAACUCCAGCUGGCACUGUCUGUGAUGGAUGGAAAGAAGCCAAAAUUCCACUCAACGUUAGUGAUAAAUUCAGCGCUGUUGUUCAGAACGUGGACGAUAAGAAAAUGGAGUCUGAAUCGAUGCUUUACUAUUCACCUGCUGAAGAGAUGGUUAUCAUUAGUGGAGCUCGUCAGAGCGAUAUGUUCCCAUUUGUCAAUGAAAAAGGAGUGCCUUCGGAUGCCUCUUUGGUCAUACACGACUUCAACAAAGGUUAUGAAUACGCUUUGGACUCAUCGCGUUGCGUACGUCUCUCUCCUUUGCCGAAUAACACCGCAGAUGUACUAUCGACUGCACAAGGAGUUCUUAGCAUAGCUCCAAUUGCGAAUAUGCUCAUCGCACCCGAACUGAAGUUUGGAAACUACGGCCGGUUACUUGCAAGCAAUGGGCAGAUGCUGGACAUUUACCGGGCCGUGGACGGCAAGACCAACGACGUUGUAGAGGCUCACUUUGAUGGCGUUCAGCUGGAAAGCUAUGCUGUAUACAAGCUUGUUAACCAAGUCCCUGUGCUCUCGACAUUCAUGCGGUUCAUUCAUGGUCCAACUGACAUCGUACCCACGUUCAGUGAACGAAUUCGUAGCUGUUUCACUCAAUCUGCUCCAUCUUUUGAUGAGAACAAUACAUUUAUUUUUGAUGUGAAAUCAAAAACUGUGAAAGACGUGCACAGCGUAGGGGUAGAGACGGUUUCUCUUGCACUGGGGAACGCUCUAGCUCAAGUUGCACCCAUCAAUCCAUACAGAAUUCGCGUUUUCUAUGACACAAACGCUGCGAAAACAUUGAGGGUCUUCUUCUCCAUUGAUGAAAAAAGCAGCGUGGUUCCCAGUGCUGUGCAGAAAUACAACUACACGGCUGAGGUCCCAUCUGCUGUUCUAAUCGAAAAGUUGAACGCCACGAUUGUACAGGGAGAUUGGAAAUUUUCGGUUCCUACUAUCGAUAAGAAGCAAGAGGACUGGGUUGUGGCGGCGAAAUCGCUUAGUCGUUACGCCCCACCAACUCACGUUGUGCCAACAUACAUGGGCUAUACGGGUGGUGCUAUGUUCGUUUUGGGCAUUUUCUCGAUGAUACUUGGUGUUGCCAUAGGAGCUGGAGGUGUCUUCUUUAUCACUAAGCGACAACGCAUCUCCACUCUAGCAUACCAAGUUUUCGAGUGAUGAACGUUAUGUCAUAAUAUGGGAAUUCGUGAAUUUCGCUGGUUUUUGAUUGUGAAACAUGUAUUCGUGUGCACGACAAUGCGAAUUCUCCCAUUGUCAGUACCGACUUGAUCUGUCCGCGCUAGAUUCACUUUUGCGUGUAAUACAUCGUACUCUUGUGGAAUAUCUUAUCUAGAAUUCUGAAUGCUUUUUAUUACCUUCAUGUUUGCAUAAUCAUCAUCAUUUGUGUUGUCAGUGUCCUCUACAUUGCGAUAAUUUGUCCAUUCAUCUACGAGUCGAUUUUGUGAGUUUUUGAGACGGUGUAUGUGGGAAGAUCUAUUUUCCGAAUAAAUUUUGUACAGUCC